AUGACCAGCUCGGUCUUCCGCUGCAGACCUCGCGCUGGCGCUGUUGCUGGUGGCGGCGCAGGUGCUAGCGCUGGUGUCAACUCGUCCGGAUCUGGCUCGUCAAACACCUCGUGCAGCUCAUCGGCUGACUCGGUCUCCACCUCGGACGCCGGCGAAGAGUCAGAUGGGCGGUCCGAGGCGACUACGUCGUCGAUGUGCACCACGUCGACAAGCGUGAGCAUGGCGCGGCGCGGGCGUGGCGAGUCGGCGUCCGAGCCCAAGCUCAACGUUGGGACCCGAGUCGACGGCUCGUCGCACGAGCUGGUGUACAUCAUGAUUCUCGGCAUCCGCACGGUUGUCUCGCGAGCUGCUACGGUGGUUGUCCGCAACGGCGGUGUGGUGGAAGAGCCGACGGCGGCGUCGUCCAAGCUCGUCCAUCGGUGGAACUUUCUUCACGACGGGACCGAGCGGACGCCGGCGCACAAGCACUCGGACUUUAAGUUCCAGGACUACGCUCCGGUCACCUUUCGCGCCAUCCGGUCGCUCUUUCUUGACGAGGAUGUGUACCUCAUGUCGCUCACCGACGACUACGUCCUCACCGAGCUGUCGUCGCCGGGCAAGUCGGGUGCAUACCUGUACUUUUCCAACGACCUCCGGUUUGUUAUCAAGACCAUCACGCUCACGGAAGCCAAGCUCCUUCGGUCAAUUCUGUACGAGUACUAUCUGUACCUCAAGGAGAACCCCAACACGCUGCUCUCCAAGUUCUACGGUCUCCACCGGGUCAAGCCGCACAAGGGCAAAAAGACGUACUUUGUCAUUAUGGAAAACGUCUUCCCGCCCGACCUCGACAUCCACCGCAAGUACGACCUCAAGGGCUCAACAUGGGGCCGGACCGUCGGCGCCGCCAAGGUUGACAAGGAGUCGUCGACGCUCAAGGACCUCGACUUUCUCUCGCGCAAGGCCUCGCUCCUCCUCGGCCCGCAUAAGCGGGCGGCAUUCCUGGAUCAGGUCCGCCGCGACGUCGAGUACCUGACCUCAAUCGGCGUGAUGGACUAUUCGCUGCUGGUCGGCGUCCACGACCUCAACAUCUCCAACUCGCAGUUUCUCCGCGCCACCAAUCUCUCGGUGGUCAAGCCAAUCGCGCCCGAGCUCGCCUCGCGCGACGACAUUGUCAACGCCAACCUUCGCAAAAAGUACCGGAGGCAGGCUAAGCAGGCGCUUGUCAAGCGGCCCGUGGCACUGACGCCGCUGGCCCAGGCCGGCGAGCCGACCACCCACCUCGUCGCCUCGUCCAUCAAGGUCUCGCUCUUUGCUGCUGACCAGGGCGGCUUUGCCUCGACCGGAACAGAGAACGAGCCGCUCAACGAGGUCUACUUUUUGGGCAUCAUCGACUUUCUGCAAAAGUACAACGCCAAGAAAAAGCUCGAGAACCGCUACAAGUCGCUCCGCUUUGACAAGGACACCAUCUCCGCCGUCCCGCCCGACCAGUACGCCCGCCGCUUCUUUGAGUUUAUCGAGGCCAACACUGGCGUGCCCGACGACUACUUUGCUCACUCGACAGACGUCCACUUUCCGGCGGGCUUUACCAUCGACGAGGCCACCGACUCGGUCGUCCGCCUCGACGCUGCGGGCAAGGUCAUUGCCCGCGGAAACUUUCCGCUCUACCUCUCGCCGUUUGACACCAACAGGCUGUAUGGCAAGGGCGCGACCGGCGACGACGACGCCUUUGACCCGAACCAUCCCACUCACCUUGCCCUCUCGCUCGCCACCGUCACAGACACCGCCACCGAUGGCGAGUACCUCGGCGCCGGCAUGGCUUCCAUGGCCGUCUCCGGCACCGGCGGGCCCGCCGACGACUUUAUCACUAUCGACGACACGCACGACGCUGACGCCGACGACGACGGGUCGUCCAAGCCGCGCACCUCGUCGGCAAACAAGCGCUCUGACGACGCCACCUCGUGCGGGCCUGUGACGGACACCCGCGAUGGCGGCUCGACCUCUGAAGGCGUGAGCUCGGCGGCCCUCGAUCCGAGCGCCGACGGCCACACCGCCGCCACCGACGACGACGACGACGAUGACGAUGACGACAUCUCCAUCACCACCACAUCGAGCUCGUACUACACCUCGACGUCUGACGACGACUGA